AUGGAGGUGCCGGGCUUUUCUGACGAGCUCAACUCCAUCCUCUUCACCACAGAGGGUGAGAUGGUGACACCAACCGCAAAGCUUGUAUUCAGCCACUCGGCCAUGAAGAACUUUCCAGUGUUGAAGUACCUUGGCGUCCUAGGCCCGAAAGAAGAAGGCCUUGCCAUCCAACCGGACCAUAACCUAGGUCUGUCGGUUCCUGGGAUGCCGACCCACCAGAAGUUCGCGCGGAUGACAGACGAAGAAAAGCAACGUAUGAAGGAGGAAGUAUUAGGCCUCCGCCCGCAGAAACCGCUCACCUCUGUGGAUGAGGACGGAGAACCCGUCUUCUAUACUGCGGAACCGGGAGAGCUAUUCGAAGGCCACUCAGCUGGUCUAGUGACUGGCCUCAUGUCAAUGGCCAUCGUUUGGGAAGGGCUAGGCGGUCCUGCACCCCCGGCCCCAAAGACAGCCGCUCGGAACGUCAUGGCGCAUAUCAAGGAGCAUUCCUGCCAGAGGGACCUCGACAAGAGACUCAUCGAGUUCUUCUACUGGGCUUCUGACUUGCCUGGAAGGGAGAGCAGCUCCGAGAGCGAAGGCUCCGAUACCGGCUCAGAUGAGGGAAGUCCUCCCUAUGGAAGAAGUGAUGGAGAACCCAUCACUUUCGACUAG